AAUAUUUUGGUAGUACUUGGAAGUUAUCGUGGGAAUAACUGUGCCUGUGUGGGAGGGGGGUUAAUGACAGAAGCUAAACUUAUGAGCUCUCAAGCAGAAGCUUCUUAGCUGCAAAAGGUGCGGGGAGGUUGUAUAUUUUGAUAACACCUGGACUAAACAGAACAGGCACAUCCUGAAUCUUCCAAUUAGUAAGGAAACAUGAGACAGGAUUGCAGUUAGGAGGCUGAUCACGUGUGCUUCUGCACACGGACUCUUUAGAUUGAGAAAACUGGGGGCUAUGUCUAUCCCAUGCCUACUAGGCUAUUCUAUCCUCACUGGCUUUUCCAAAGCUUUAUCUCCAACUGUAAAACCACUUCUUUUGAAAUUGGUUUGAUCUUUGCCUCUGCAUUUCUACCAGAGAAACCAUAGGACGAACUCUUGCUUAGUGGAAUGCCUUAAGUGAUUUGCACAUUCAGGUAAAUUGAAUUACUGCAAAACAAAAGAGGUACUGCUGAAGCUAAGAAAAGAUUGUGCUAGAUAUAAAACCCUCAGUGGUUCCCCUUAACCCAAGAAGCUGAGGUUGGUUGUCCCCAUCAAAGCAGAACUUCCUGUGGGAGUUUCACUUCUGUCCAGAGCAAAGCCCUGGCUGCAGGAAGGCCUGCCUUGAGCCAUCUCUUAGCUGAUGACCAUGCACCGUCCUCUGACACCAAGGGAGCUCCUGCAGCAGAGAUGAUCCAUCAGAUAAGGAGAAAGCAAGUGGGAGAUUUGCUUGUGGGUGCAGGAGACGUGGAUCUAUGAAGUACGUGAAGAUAUGUCUGCCAUGGAAGAAGAGAUGGUUGCUCCUCUUGGGCUCAUCUUCAUGAUCUGGUGGAUGCUGCUGUUUACUACCCCAGUGUGUGUUGGCUGGCGAUGCACAGACUCGGAGAUGCCAGACUGGCCUAUCAGAAAUUUGACCCUGAAUCAGAGGAAAAUGGAACUGAGCUGGGUGAGCAGCAUGAAUUUCACGGAGUAUUCAUGUUCUAUGAAUGCAAGUGAUGGUGAGAUAAGGAUAAAGGUGAAGAAUACAAACUGCAUGUUUGAAAAAAAUAUAGCACGUCCUCUACAUAACGGUGCAAGCUUUUCAGUUACAGGAGUGAACAACAACACUACGUAUUCAAGUAUAUGCACAUUUAUUCCACAAGGCAUGCCCGGGACAGCCAUUACAAAUUUCUCCUGCGUGGUUUACAAUGUUUCCCUUAUGAACUGCACUUGGUGUGCGGGCGGGGAUGCGCCAGGUGAUACCCAAUAUUUUCUCUACUGGCAGAACUCAAGAGAAGGAGAAGAGAUGGAAUGUGAGCUUUAUGUUGAAGAUGGAACAGGGAGGCACACGGGAUGCCACUUCCAAAAUGUGGCGAUAAAAGAUGCAAUUACUUACUUUGUGGUGAAUGGGUCUAGCAAAGACUCCGUGAUCCAGUUCUAUGAUGAGUACAUCGAACUGUAUACAAUUGAAGAGCUCAUGCCUCCAUUAAAUGUCACUGCCAACUGUGACGGCAUUCAAAAAGAUUGCAUAAUUAAAUGGGAACGACCCCAGAUAAGUCAUUCUAGCAAAGACAAGUGUUUUAAAUAUGAAGUUGACAUAAAGCAUAAGGCUAAUGCUGAGGAAAAGACCAAAGAUACUUAUAUAAUAGAAAGGAAAAAUUACUAUACGUUUGAAAAUUUCAAUAUGAGAAAGAGGUAUUUUGUGAAAAUCAGAGCAGCUGGCAGCGGCUGUCUUGUAAACACAGCCUGGGGGAAGUGGAGUGCACCUCUUGGAUUUGGAAAUGAAGAAGUUAUUUCUCCUUCAGUAUUGGCCUUACUUCUGACUGUAGUUGCAACAGUCUUAGUGGCAAUCCUCACAAUUUUGUUCUGUAAAAGGACUAGCUAUUGGAAAGUAGCAUUUCCACAAAUCCCAGAGCCAAAAAAUGCAUUUCAUCUACUGCCUGAUACAAAUUUAGAGACUGAGUGCAAAAUGCAGUCCAUAACACCGGAAACUGAAGACAUAAUAUUAGUUGCUGAAGUAAUUAAAUAACCAAAGUAAAAUAAGGAAUUUGCAAGUGUAUUUCUCAGCUCAGACAACAGUAUAUACUUCUGUACAUUCUGAUAUAACUCUUAGGCUUUCUUUGCUUUCUUCCUUUUCAAAGAUAAAGACAGUAGUACAGCCAAAAGAGACGAUUACCUCACGUGCAAUUUUUUGAAAUCACAUUGUAUUUGCUUUUAAUUUGGACUGACUUCAGCUAUUUGGGUAACUGCCCUUUUGGAUAUCACCCUUUUUGUCAAUAUGAUUGAAAUAUAUCA